AUGAAACCAUAAAAAAGCAUCAUCAAGGAACUCAAAACUUACUAAUAGGAUCUUUAUAAAUCAGGAAGAGAAGGAAAAUAAUUUAGUAUCAAUGAUUUUCCAAAUCUUUCAAGAAAACCAAUAGAAUGGACUGAUUGUGAUUAAUUUAUUAAACUUCGAUAAAUGAAAUGUGAUAAGAAAUUAGCUAUUAGACUUUGUUAGUAAUAUAAGAUACAUAGAACUGAUUAGCUAUUUUUUGAUACAUUACAUAAUGUCAAUAUGGAAAAUAUUGGAUAUAAAAAGAUUUAAAGUGUAAUAUUAAUUUAAUUAUAUAGUCAACUUCAUUUUUAUUAAGAUAAAUUAGAUAAAAUCAAUUUAUUAAACAAAAAUAUAGAAUGGAAUUUUAAGAUACUCAAAUUGACAACAAAAUGUCUUCAAUUUUAGAUGAUUCAUUUUAGAAAUUUUAAAAAUCUUUAGAUAAACAUUUGGAAAUAGAUAAAGAUUAAUCACAUAAAUUUAAUUUAAAAUAAAUGACUAAGGAAGAAUUAUAUUCAAAAUUAUAGCAAUUGUAAUUUAUAUCAAAAUUUAAGAAAUAUUAUUCCAAAAUAAAAUCUAUCCAUGGAUCAUUUACCUUCUAGUAAUUCCACUCAUCGUUUCAAUUUAGUCAUACCUUCAGGAAACUCAGUAAAAAACUUUUCUAUUUAAGUUACAUAUUUCAUAAACUGAACGAAAAUUCUCAAAACCAUUUGUUCCAUAUUCUAGUAUAAGUAAAAAUAGAGGUUCAAAUGUUAGCAUUAAGUAAUAAUUUACAAAAUUGUAAAAUAACCAACUUAACAUUUAAUCAUUUAAGUUGAUUAAAUAAAAUAAGUUAGGUAGAGCAUCAUUCAAUCCUUAAGUGAAUGUAGCUAAAGAAAUUAAAAGUAUGCAUCAUAUUGGUCAUUUAAAUGAUAUGCCAGAAUUAUAAAAAUAACAUAAAAGACACUUCACAAAUUAUGAUAUAACUGGAAACAUAGUUAACUUAUAAUGA